AUGCAAGCGGACGGUGAUGCGGUGGAGAGAGCUUCGCUCGUCAUUGCUCGCGACUCAGGCCGAAACAAGAUCACGAGUCAGCACGGCGUUACUGUUCCUCGCUGCAACAUCUCGAGCAUCAUUGCUGACUCGCUGCUUCUAUUUGUGAUCUCAUACUGUCGAUGGCGGGCAGACGUCGUCCUUGCUGCAUCCUUGAAUCGGACCGCACAGCUUUCAACCAGCAAGGUCGGGUCGUUACUCCGAUCGGCUGCGACUCGGCCGUUCCGAGGACCCAUCUGA